AUGGCCAUGUCUCUUCGUUCCCUGCUACUCAUCUCCUUUCUCAUUCUUUGCUAUUUCUAUCCUUCGUUCGCCCUCGAUAUUGCCAGCAUCGUAUUCUUUACACCCGUUAUCCUCCUUUUCAUGUACUUAUCAUUCGAGCACUUCGUCUUCUUGAUGACCUAUCUCCGUCAACACGAGGCUAGAGUACAAAAUCCGCUCCCAAGGGUUGUCUACGUUAGAGAGAGAACUAAUAACACCGAGAGGGCGCUACAGUGCGUCCUCUCAGAGGUGUGGCUGUACAUUCUAUGGUUCUUUACUAUCCUGUUCGUCCUUUUCUAUGGGAUUGCUCUGUGUUGGUGGAUUGGGCUGAAGCUUAUUUACACCCCGAGGAGGCGCGGAGGAGAGAUGCAAUCAGUCUCUGUCAAUGCCGAUACCAGUCUGAUCAAGAGAGCAUGUGCUAAUCGAGCCAGACGUGAACAGCUUCGACCAACCAUUGGGAACCUGAGUGGCUGA